AUGUCUGCAGGAUACAGCGUCUUCCUCACCGGUGCGACUGGUUUCGUCGGCGGAACUAUUCUACAUUGUCUUUCCAAAACACAUCCGGAUAUUCACAUCAAAGCCUUGAUCCGCCAGGAAGAAGUCGCCAAAGAGCUCGAAUCCGUCUAUCCAAACCUGACUGCGGUCAUAGGCGACCUGUCCUUGCUUCCCCUUCUCAGAAGGACCGCCGCGGAGGUUGACUUCGUGAUCCAUGCAGGGGGCGACAAUGUCCCCGCUGUAUGUGUGAUGAUUGAAGGCCUGGCUAGAAACACCGACAAUGCCACUACGGUAUCGCCACGGCCACGACUCAUCAGCAUCACCGGCCCACGAAGCUUGAUCGAUCUCUCAAAGCCAAUCACAGGAAACCUCGACCCAGGCAGUCGGCCGUGGAGCGACAUCACGGAUGCAGAGAAGAUUCUGUCUGUUCCCGAGGAUCGCAUCCACGCCGAUGCGGAUCAAGCAAUCAUAGCGCACAGCAUUGCCCGCGGCGUCGGCACGAUCCUCGCCUCGCCUGGUCAGCUCUGGGGCCGGGGCAAAGGGCAUUUGAAGAAGGAGAGACAUUCGGCAUUCUAUUAUGCAGCUGUCAAAAACCGUGGGAGAGCCUUCGUGGUUGGCGAGGGUACGGCUACAUGGUCGUGGACUUCCAUUGGCGACCUGGGCGACGCUGCGGUGUUUCUCAUGGAUCAAUCGAUGAGCGAGGGCACACAAGGUCAUGUCGGAGUCAAUCGAGAUGGGUACUACUUCGUGAGCACUGGGGAUUUGAGCAUGAUCGAAAGGGCAAAGGCAGUCAGCGAACGCCUGGGAUUGACAGGUGACGUUGAGAGCAUUUCGGCUGCUGCUGCCAAAGAGAUCUACCCGUUCGGGCACAUCAUGUGGGGCUGUGGUGAGAGGACGAGGGCUGACAAGUUGGCUGAGUUGGGUUGGAAGCCCAAAGAUACGAACUGGAAGGCUUUGAUGGAAGAGCAUGGAGGGGAGAGGGCAUGA